GAUUUCUCCUCGGCCAGGCCUGGUCGUUCGAUUCAUCUCUAUUCCUCUUAUUCGCAUGCGACUGCGCCAGUUGGCACGAGCAAGCGCUCCGCUGUCACCUGAAAAUGCCUCCUGUCUCUCACGAGUCCGCCUGACUCCCACGUCCCCGCCGCGAUCCGCACAACGCAGAACUCUUUGCUUAUGGCGUCGAUAACCUCGUUAUCGGUGGAGGGUAUACAGAAGAAGUUCUCAGAGGAUGGGGUUUUCUAUGUUGAGGAUCCCGCUAUGGGAGACCGAGUCGAAGAAAUACGGAGUAGGGGUUUUCCAAUCGAGUCGGUGGAUGGCCUCGACUUCUGUAGGGACAACGUCUUGAACGAUAUGGCAGGCAGAAAUAUCUAUCUAAUCUUCUUUCAGCUUGUGCGAUGCGUUCUAGAGGCCCUUUUCCCGUGGUCGGGCCUUGGAAUUUACGAGGUAUAUCGAACAGAUUCAAAUUAUAUCUACGCCUUUAUGACGGGAAUGAACUCUGAGUUAAAGGCUAUUGUCAUUCAGUUGUAGAGCCCGCAAUUAUGCAUGCUAGUCUAUAGCGGUUUACAACGGCUCUGUUUUAAGGGCUUCCCUGUAUCGAACGGCCUGUUGGAGAUACUAUAUGCUCCCUCAAACAAUGC